AUGGAUAUUGUAAAUCUUUUACUGACCGAUUCAGACGAACAAUCGGUAACUUUACCGUCGUCGUCGUCUUGGAAUUUCGAGACACCAAAUAAUUCACCUAAUGAUCCUACAACAGCCGAUUCAUCCGCCUUAAAAAUUCCGCGUUUAUCUCCGGAUAUUAUUUAUCAAAUCUUACAAAACUUUAAAUUUAGUCGUUCAUCCCUCAACAAAUUCCUUCGAAUUAACCAAACUUGGUGUCAUAUUUCUUUGAGUUUCCUGUGGCAUUGUCCUUUUAAUAUGUCUUUGAAAGUAAAAAGCUCCAUUCUUUUAAUUCGAACUUUACUUUCAUUUCUUUCCGUACAAGAAAAAUCCGAAUUAAUUCGUAACAAUAUUGAUUUAUCAGAUUAUGAAUUAAAUUUUAGCAACUCCAAAAUAUAUAAUUAUCCGGACUAUAUUCGAAUUUUUGAUUUAAAACAUUUUCGAUUAUCAAUUUUACAUUGGAUAUGUUAUAUACAAAAUCAUAGGAGCGAUGAUGUUUCAUUAAUUAUGGAAUUAAAUAAAAUAUAUAAUGAAAUACCUACCAAUUUUUCUUCGGUCAAUUUAGCGAGUGAAAUCAUUUAUGGUAUGUUGUUCAAGAGAUCUAACGAUCACAAAUUACAACAUUUAAUUAUUGAAAAUGAUCCUUACCAAGACAUAAUCACUUCCAAUCAUUUGAUUAGUAAAAGUAUAAUAAAUAUUAACGGAGUGGUUGAAGAUAAUGCUUUAUCACAGUUGGAGAAAUUCGAAUUUCAUUAUAAAAUUGAACGACGACUUGAUGAGGGUUUACUUAUUGAUAGGAUCGUGAGAAUGUUUGAAAAGAUGAAAGAAUAUGUAAAGGGUUUAAAAUGGUUAGAAGUGAACAUUAAAUAUGAAGGAGGUCGAAUUCCAAAGAUUGGAAAGGCGUUAAUGGAAUUUAUAGAAGCACAAAGGAAGAUGGAAGUGCUUGGAAUUCAUGAAUUUUGGAUGCGAGAGGAGAGUGAGAUGAUUUAUGAAAGGAUUUGUAAAAGUCAACAAAAUAGUUUAAAGCAUGUUAGAUUUUGUGAAUCUUGUAAUUUUAAAGAAUUGAUAAAAGGAUUAAAUGAGUGUAAUAAUUUUGUUACUUUGGAAAUUUUAGGUUUAUUUAAAUAUGAUUAUUCCAGCUUUUCUUUUUCGGAAAAAGAAUUUGAGGGGAAAACAUUAAGCAUACGGAACUUCUAUACGUGGGAUAUUAAUGAUGCUCCACAUUUAUCAAAUUAUUUCAUUCAAAUUUUCAAAAUGUCAAAUAAGAAUUUAAAAACAUUGACUUUAACUCAUAUAACGUCGGAUAUUAUUUUAACACUUGUAAAUUUCUGUCCUAAUAUUACACAUUUGUCUGUGUCUUUUUCUCAACAUUUGGAUUCUAUCCCUGAUUUACUUUCACUUUUGCUUCCUCCUUUACCUCUUGAGCAUUUUUUUUUAAAAAUCGAUAAUUUGAAUUCGGAUUCUGACAUUUUUACACAAGAUUAUUGGAGUAGAAUUGCUAAAUCCAUUCCUGAUUCUGUAAUUCAUUUAGGAAUUGAUUUUAAAAUUGAAAGCAAUAUGUUCAAUAAGUUCUUAAAGGAAUGUAAAGCACAAUUAAGAAUAAUUUCAUUAUUUCAAGGAUAUAUGCUAAAUAGACAUUAUUUACAACUAUUAGUUCAAUAUACAAAGAAAUGUAAUCAAUUAUUGAGCGAAUUGAGAUUUUCUUGGAAUCCAGAUGAGAUUGGAUUUAUAUCAAAUUCUAAUUUGGAAGAUGCAAAGGAAUUUAUUAAGGUUAUUGGUAAAGUCGAGUCCUUUAAUAAACCAUUUUAUGAUAUAAAGUUAAGUGUACCAAAUGUAAAAGAUCAAGUUCUUACACCUUCCUUGUCUUAUAAAAAGUAUAAAUUAUAA